CACAUCAGUAGUGGAAUCUGCAAUAUAAUUUUCACAGUUUGGUAUAUAACACUCGGCAUAAACAAGUAUUAUAUAUCGGGUUGUGAUUACCCAACAAAUUCAAAAAGAAGACUACUUUACUUAAAAAGAUAGAAGCGUAACGAAAGCACAUCCUAAGAUUAGUAAAUUAUAAAUAAAGCAAGGAUUAAACAAUAAUCCUUGUCCAACUUCCUAGCAGUCUACCAACCAAGAUUCCCUCUUUUCUCUGCCUCCACUCCUGUAAAUUUCAUAGCGAAAUACAUCCUCUUUUGACAACUAAGGAGCUCCAGACAAUGGUUGACUUCAUAAUUGAGCGAAAAUACAAAAUCAAGUGGAUGGGACAGCAAAAACAUGACCAGUGUCUGAAAGUUCAAAUCUUUUUCUCAAAUUCAUAAUGUAAAUGAAAUUGAUUAAUGUCCCACCACUCCACUCCCAAAGCAACUUUCUUUUUUUCCUCCAAUUCCAUCCACUAAUUUUAGUUUCCUCUGUCCUUUUGUUGGAUCUAUCGAGACUCUCUAACUUCAACCAGUGUAUAAAAAUGCAUGAAGGGCUCGGUUCCAGGAACAUAAGAAGGAAGCAUGAGCUCAAUGUUCUUACAUUGUUUGUUGGAGCAUUGAGGUAUAGAGAUAUCAUCAUAUUUGAGUGAUGGAAGCUGAAGAUGGUGCAUCAGCUGCUUCUGCCCCUGCAACACCAGGCACUCCUGGUGGUCCACUCUUUGGGGGAUUCCAGCCAGGGAGAGGUGGCAAUGGGAGAAGAUCAUCUCUUCUAAAGAGCUGCAAAUGCUUCAGUGUUGAACCAUGGGCCUUAGAGGAAGGGACCUUACCCCCCGUCUCUUGUGCAUUGCCUCCCCCUCCAGUUUCUCUAGCAAGAAAGGUGGGAGCUGAGUUUAUAGGUACCCUGAUACUCAUGUUUGCAGGAACAGCAACAGCCAUAGUGAACGAGAAGACAGAUGGCUCAGAGACCCUCCUCGGCCUGGCAGCCUCCACCGGAUUGGCUGUCAUGAUAGUCAUUCUCUCCACUGGCCACAUCUCUGGUGCCCAUCUGAAUCCAUCUGUUACUAUUGCCUUUGCAGCCCUCAAGCAUUUUCCCUGGAAACAUGUGCCGGUUUACAUAGGAGCGCAGGUAAUGGCAUCACUAUGUGCCGCGUUUCUGCUCAAAGGGAUUUUCCACCCCGUAUUGGGUGGUGGAGUUACAAUUCCCUCGGGGGGUUAUGCUCAGGCUUUCUCUUUAGAGUUUAUCAUCUCCUUCAAUCUCAUGUUUGUUGUCACUGCAGUAGCUACAGAUACGAGAGCAGUGGGAGAACUUGCCGGAAUUGCAGUUGGAGCUACUGUCAUGCUUAAUAUACUGAUAGCCGGGAAAACUACAGGAGCUUCAAUGAAUCCUGUGAGAACUUUGGGACCAGCAAUUGCAGCAAACAACUACAAAGCCAUAUGGGUCUACCUCACUGCUCCUAUUUUUGGUGCUCUGGCAGGGGCAGGAGUUUAUUCUGCAGUUAAGCUGCCAGAUGAAGAUGCCAAUGCACAUGCGAAGCCCUUAGCAGCACUUAGCUUCAGAAUAUGAUCCAAUGCACCUAAAACAAAUAAAGGCAGACAUCAUGUCAAUAAUGCAGGAAAGACCAUCAGAAAAUUGCAUAAUGCAAUAAGUUGACCAAUGUGCAUCCCUUUGUUUUCUUAUGUAUACAUCAAGUAAAAGAUCUAAAUCUGUUGGCUAAAGAAAUUGUAUGGCCAGUGGUGAUUAGAUCCCUCCCAAGUUUCAGCAGAAUUUUGUA